GCCGCCGCCGCUGCUCGCCGGCAGCCACGUCUAGCCUAUAAAUCCUCCGUCUCGCCGUAUCUAAUCUCUACUCAGAUCACAAACCGCUGCCGAAACAACUCAUCCUCACGCGCACGCGCUUGGACUUCUUCUUUCUUCUAGCUUCUUGCUUGAACCAAGAGACCAAGAGCAGAGCAGAGCCAACCAGCCAGCCAGCAGGCAAGAACCUGUCCGCGCCCAUGUCUGUGCAAGUGGCGUCGCCGGCGACGGCGGCGGAGAAGACUUUGGCGACGACGGCGUGGUCGUACCCGUACGUGGAGUACAUGGUGCAGUGGGAGCGGCAGGUGGAGCGGCGGCAGCUGUUCCUCCGGAGCUACCACUUCUCCCGCGACGCCGAGAUCUCGACCCGCGUGCGCGCGCGCCGGGUCGUCUUAGCCGGGGCGCGACGCCUGCGCCGCGCCGCCGCCAAGGGGCUCCGCCGCCUCCGCACGCGCCUACGCCUGUGCUUCGGCUGGGCCGCGCCAGUGCUCCGCCGACGCUCCACCUCACGCCGGGGCAGCGUCCACGGGUUCCGCUACGGCCGCCUCCCCUGGAAGGCGCCGCCGGCCGCGUCCGUCUGCUUCUGGUAGCCAGGUCGCCAGCGGUGGCGUGGAGAGCUAGGAUAUAAUCGUAGAAAGACAGCCAACACGGCAGCAUACUUGUUGAGACGCUGUGAACAUCACUGAUAGUUCAGCAUUUUUGUUUCUUUGGCGCCGGAGCAGAGUCUGGAGUUACAGCUAGUUCAGUGUACAGGCUAGUGUGCCAAGGACAAG